CGUGAAGUAUUUUACCUAAGUUUCCGUGCAGGGGUUACUAUUACCUACCCUCAUCUAUACCUAAGUAAUCUGUGCGACCCUACUCUUACCCUUACCCUUACCUAUGCACCACCUAACUCAAGAAUGAAUCGUUUUUGUGCAUGCGGUGAUGUCAUUCACGAUGUUUUUGACCUUAGUCUCGAAGUGGCAUAAGCAAAUACACAAUUUAUCAUUAAGUAAAUUCACCCCGACAUUGAGCUGCGAAGGCUGACUGCUUCCCAGUCUACCUUUACUUAUCACUAGCGUGUUCAGCUGUCUGCCACAUUCAAAUCUCUUUGAUAUCCCAACUAAUAUCCUUUUCUCCUACAACACCAGCUACUUCCAACUCUUAUAAUAGCUUUCUCCCACGUUUUCGUUCAUGUCGCGAUACCUUGGAAGCGCCCUGGGUUGGCUCUUCGGAGCCCAGCAAAACCCAAAUCCACUUCUUCCUCCACCCCAAAACAUCGAAGAACAUAAUCGAGAAGACCGUGGAGCAAACCGCUUCCAGAUACCACCGGUCAUAAAUGCCCCCAAUGCGGCCGAGGGUCCCCGGGGCGGUAGCCAAGUAAACCAGGCUCGAGCAUUGUUGUGGAACCAAAUCAACAACAAUCAUCCGGCAACUUUCUCGGACCCAAGAGAUGUUGCUGGGCUCGAAGCACGAGGCAUCGUAUUCCCCGCAGACACCCAGUGGGGCUACAUUUUUACCGAACGGCAGGUUGAGAAUCUCGCUAACAUAUGUGGCGAAGAUGGAUUUGUGAGGAAAAAUUGCGACCAACAAAGCAACGGCCGUCACUCGCGCGGCGUCGGUGUGAGGGUACCUAGGUGCCAUAGUGAGUUGGGUAGGACAGGGUCAAUAGAAGUAGAAAGCCUUGUGAGAACUCUGCUCUUUAAUAGCAAAAGGCAGCAAGUGUACUGUUGUUUUUUUAACUACCUUAACCCUACAGAACUUUCAAAUCUAUAA